GACAAUUAAACAUCUGUGCAUUAAAAAAUCGCUGUACUAUUGGAAAAACACAUAAGGCCAGGAAGCAUUUCCAAAAGAUGUCCGCGUUAUUUAAUGGACUAAAAGCCGCACAGAGGCUUCAGGCCGCUAACCGCAAGCUCCUCCAGCAUGUAGCAAGAGGCAUGGCUGGUUGGAACAAGGACUACAAACCUGCUCCAUUUCCAAAAAGCGAUAAGGAUUGUGAUGCAGCUGCUAAGAAGUACUAUCUACUGCCAGAGGAAUAUCGUCCAUAUGCAGAUAAUGGCCUAGGCUAUGGCGAUUACCCUGACUUGGGUAAAGGUUUAGGUAUUGAGUCGAAAGACCCUUACUAUCCAUACGAUUUUCCUGAGCAUAAGCGCAAUCUCCAUGAGACGUUGCAUGCCGACAUUGAUUUGUACGGCGAGGAUCGUUUCUCACAGUCAGAGAGACCCAGAUUCACGAAUGCUCAGUACUGGCUCAGCUUUGUAGGUGUGAUGACUGGUUGUCUUGCUUUAUAUUACUGGCUGGAGAACUACCGUAUGUACCGCCCAGUGGCCGUUAAGCAAUAUCCAGGUGAUGGCAGAAAACACUACACAUUCGAACGUGAAUAAAAGUGACCAAAGUCAAUCUAGAAGAGAAGUAAAAAUAUGUUCUUACUAGUUCUAAUAUUUUAAUUUUCACAUCGUUAAACGAGUCAGCAGUCAAAUGAAAAUAUAAUACGAAUAAUGUAAAGAGCAAUUCAAAUAUAAAUAAAUAUAAAUAGUAUAUAAAAUGACAA